AUCUCAAAUAUUGACCUUUUAGUACUUCAUUGUUCUUCCUGUUCUUUUUUCAGCUGAAGAACCAUUUCAAGAUUCCUUUUUUUAUUCGAUUCCUCUUGGUUCUGCAUGAAACUUUUGCUGGGUUUGCUUUUUUGUUUCAUCUUCUUUUGAGGGGUUCUGAUCCAGGAUCUGAUAUGUGCUCUGUCUUAAAUGAAAAAAAGAAAAGUUGCUGAUAAAAGGAUCAGUAUUCUUAGAAUUCCCAGGAAUGUUCUUGUUGAUUGGUCCUGAGUUAUCAGAGAGUUCUUUUUCUGCUGAACUAGUUACAAAAGGGUUCUGUUCAAAAGAAGCUCGUAGUGACGUUGGAUCUACACGAUGACAAAGCCAAGCAGAAGGCCAUGAAGAGAGUCUCUGCUCUUCAAGGGAUUGACUCCAUCUCCAUGGACAUGAAGGAGAAGAAACUAACUGUGAUCGGAACAGUCGACCCAGUGAGUGUGGUGUGCAAGUUGCGCAAGUACUGGCAGACAAAAAUAAUCACGGUGGGGCCAGCAAAGGAGCCUGAGAAGAAAGAGGAAGCAAAACCGGAAGAGCCCAAGAAACAGGAAGCAGGUAAACCAGAAGAGGCUAAGAAAGAAGAAGCGAAGCCAGACGAGGGAAAGAAGGAAGAACCCAAGAAAGAAGAGCCCAAAAAGGAAGAACCCAAGAAAGAAGACGACCCGAAGAAGCCUCCGGUGCCUCAGCCUGACCCUGUCCUUGAGCUUGUCCGGGCAUACAGGGCGUACAAUCCUCCGAUGACCUACUAUUUCCAUAACCAAAGCAUGGAGGAGAAUCCGAAUGCUUGUGUCAUCUGCUGAUAAAUAAACCAAAGAGUACGUUUUGAGUGGAGAGGAGGUAUUAAUUGCUUCAGGUAUGAUGGGAAGAGAACUGAGUAUCAUCUGUGUAUAGAGAGGCAAACAACCUCAUCUGAGCAUGGGUCCAAGGAUCGUGCUAGUGUAUAUGAUGAUUGCCUUAUUUUCACUUGAGCCUAUUCAGUGGUAUGCAGAGAGAAUAAAUUAAAAAAAAAUUUUGUGGCCCCGUCAGGAAUGUAAACUCUAGACUCCGGAGUACUCUUGUUUGAUCUCUCUUCUGGUUUUUAGGGCUAACUGAUCAUGUUACAUAAAUCUGUUAGGGGAAUUACACUCGAAUCUAAGAUGGUAACAUUUUCGA